GAACUUAUGAGAUGCUCCCUAAGUUCUCAUCGUUGUGACUCCCGGGCCCGAUAGAUGCAAGCAAUUAUUUAGUUUGAGGCCUUGCAUGGUUUAGGAGGCGUUCCAUUACAUGAUUAUGCAUGAUUAGCUGUUGCUGAAAGCGCCCAGGCUUAUGCUCACUUCGUGAAUGAUUGGCAUUGAAAAGAUGCUGCCACAUCCAGUUUUCUCAGUCUUGAUACAGUGCUUGGCCGCAGUUUUAUGCUAUGGCAAUGUGCACCCCGUCUUGGCGACGUUCAGCACAAAACAAGCUUAUUCCAGCAAGGAUGCGCCAACCAGCUCGUUGGAGGUGAAUGACGACAACUGUGUUGCAGUGCAUCUAGAUUUGGUUGCUCGACAUGGAACAAGAUACCCGACAUCAUCAUCAGACGAUUUCGGGGAGCUGGAGGCGAAGCUAGCCUCACUGGAGAAUUUCCUGCCUAGCACAGGACCAUUAGCAUGGGUGCGCUCCUGGACUAAUCCUUUCUUGCCCAGUGAAUCCGGUCAAUUGGCCGUUCGAGGCCAACAGGAGCAUUAUGACAUUGCAAAGCGUUUCUUGAGCCGUCUCCCUACACUAAUAGGCAGCCAGUAUUACUCACCAGUAAACUUCACCAUGAUGAGCUCAGGCAAGCCAAGAUGCUUACAGAGUGCGAACUCGUUUGCAUUCGGACUCUUCGAGGACUCCGGUUCACUGGGGAAAUCUCACUAUCAGCCAGUGGCCAUCAGCUCUCGGGAUCUGGAGCAUGAUCCUCUGAUGCGCUUCUAUGAUAUGUGUCCAUUGUACAAGAAAUUGGUGAAGAAGAACCCAGCUGCAUUCGAGGAAUACACGCUGUUUAUGAGCGGUCCGGAAAUGAAGGAGGUGGCUCGGCGCGUUUCAGACCGCCUUGGCCUGCCAGCUAACCGUCAACUUAGCACCAGUACUGUUUUGUCCAUGUACAAAGUCUUUGCGUUUGAAGUGGCGGUGCAGAACAAUAGUAGGUGGUCAGGUGCAUUCACGGGCGAAGACGGAGAGGUUUUGGAGUACACCAUGGACCUGAAGAAAUUCUACAAGAAUGGAUACGGCCACGAGAUCAACUGGCAGAUUGCGUGCCCACUGAUGUCUACCGUCUUGGAGACAAUGGAAGACACCAUCAAAGCUGCUGUGGGACGCCUGGAUGAUGGCAAGCCACGCCAAGAGCCACGCUCUGUGUUCCGAUUCGGACAUGCUGAAACCAUCAUACCACUCCUGUGUUAUAUGGGUCUAUUUCAUGACUCAGAACCGCUGCGGGCAGAUAACUUCCUUCGCAUGAGGAACAGGCUUUUCCGUGGCAGUGACAUCGCUCCUUUUGCUGGUAACGUCGGCUUUCUGCUCUACCAGUGUCCACAGGGUGUAGGUGUUGAUCCGAAAUCCGAUGUAUUCCCACUGUUCAGCGUCAAGCUGCUCCUGAACGAGCGCGAAGUACCCAUCCCGGGCUGCAUGUCCUCACCAGAUGGCUCCUGUCGUUUUGAUCGCCUGCGAAAGCUUUUCCCAAUGAAGAGCUGCAAUCUGAAAUCAAUGUGCCGUGUCACUCGCAAGGCAUUUGGAGAUCUUCAUGCAGGACGUGUCGAGAAUAGAGAGUCCAUACUGAGAAGUCGAGGCGAGGAGCUUGAUCGUCCAGGCAACCGGCGUGAUAAUGAGUGGAAGUCCUUUCGUAAACAUGACUACGAUGACGACGAUGACGAUGAUGAUGACGACGAUGAUGAUGAUGACUGGAGAGAGAGCCGGCGCCAUCGGAGAGGGCGUGGCAAGGACUUUGAGUAUGUGGAGAUGAGCCGAAGGGAGCGCAGGUUUGAUCUGUGAACAUCCUAUCUGCAUACACGGGACAAUUAACUUCUCUGGUGCGGCUGUUGUGUUUUUUAUUUGUUUUUAUUUGCUUCCUUGUGUGGAUGUCUUGAGGAUUUUUCUGUGUGGGCUGUGCUGACAUUUUCCAUCUGUUUCAUUUUUUUAUCAUUUUAGAAUCUGGUAUCUGGUAUAUCUAGAGUUAAGAUAUGCUGAACGCCGUUUGCAUGUUUGCUGUUGCCUUCUAUCUGCUGAACACAUUAACAUUAUAUGAUUGGAUUUUCUGGCCUGUUGAAGAAUGGAAAUGCUGCAUUGUACCAAGACUACAGGCGUACAUAACCAUGUGCUCUUGAUUUUUACUACAUUGCACGAAGCUUAUUUUGAACGUGUUAUAAUGGUUUGUUUGAACGAUGAUGCUAUAUUCGCCAUUAUAGCGACUGAUUUUUCAGCGCAAGUAGGUGUGUAUGUUGCAUCCUGUUAUGAAGCACACAAAUCUCGUUUUUUUAAAGCGCAUGUAUCAUUGUAUCGUG